GGAAGUGACGCAGGAGGCGGUGCGGCCUGGGAGCGGCGGUCGGGACGCGGGCCGGCAUGUCGGCUCUGACGCGGUUGGCGCCUUUCCUUCGGGCUGGAAGCCACUUGUUCAGGGGCCGCGGCCCCGGGGCGGCUGGAGGCAGUGGAGUCCGUCAUGCCGGUGGCGGGGUGCACAUCGAGCCCCGGUAUAGGGAGUUUCCCCAGCUGACCAAGUCCCAGGUGGCCCAGGCCGAGUUCUUCAGCGGGACCAUGUGGUUCUGGAUUCUCUGGCGUUUCUGGCAUGACUCGGAUGCUGUGCUGGGUCACUUUCCAUAUCCUGAUCCUUCCCAGUGGACGGACGAAGAACUAGGUAUCCUCCCUGACGACGAAGACUGAGUGUCGAUGGAACUCCUUCUGAGCGGGAGCCAGGUGAAAGUCUCAAGCAGUUGCGGACUUCAUAUCGUAUGUGAAAGUUGUACAUUAAAGUGCUUUGCUCAACAGAGA